AUGCACUCAUUAGGAAAGAGUUUUCAGCGCUCCAAGGAGGCCACGCAGCGGAGUAAGCGGGCGAAGUAUCAUGGAUUGGUAGAAGCCCAACGGGAUGUCACUGCCCUGUUGGAAGUGGAAGAACAACAAAGACAACAACGAAAAGGAGCAGCAUUAAAAUCUAUUUGGGAAACUAAUGAUUUGGAUGAGUUUCUUCUCAUUGCAGAUGCCCGUGAAAAAGGAUAUGAAGCCGCACGAGAUUUACGUCUUGUUGUGGAUGGCACUCCACAUGUCGUGACGAAUGAAAAAGUCGUUCCUCUCAGUGAUGAUCGUGUGGAUUGGUUAAAACUCAGUGAAUUGUUAACAAUUCCCCGUCGUCCAGCAUGGAGUUAUGCAAUGUCUGCGGAACAAUUACAAGAACGAGAAACAUCCGUCUUUUUUGAUUGGCGUCGUCGUCUCUCUAAACUGGAAGAAGAACAUAAAGUGGUGAUGACACCAUAUGAAAAGAACUUGGAAGUCUGGCGACAAUUAUGGCGAGUGGUGGAAAGAGCAGAUGUGGUGUUAAUGAUAUUAGAUGCUCGUAAUCCACUUGUAUUCCGUUGUGCGGAUUUUGAAGCCUAUGUGCGAACCACCACCAAUAAUGCCGGGAAACCAAAAGAAGUGAUAUUUCUACUGAAUAAGUCAGAUCUAUUAACAGAGAGUCAACGGAUGGCGUGGGCAACGUACUUUACAGAACGAGGUGAAAAGUUCUUUUUCUUUUCUUCCGCAGCGGCAGCUGCAAAGACAACGGCUGCAAAGCAACAACAACAUGAGGAGGAAAGAUAUACACAGGAUAAGAUGAAGAAGAAACAAAGUACGAAUAGUGAUAAUAGUGAUAGUAGUGAAGAAGAAGAAGAAGAGGUGGUGGAACAAGAAGAGAUAGAAGAAGAAAGAGAAGAAGAAGAAGUGCCUCAGGUUUCUGGACUUUUCAAAAACAAAAAAGAAAAACGUCGUCAUAUUAAGAAAUCUCUGCGUGCUCCUGUCGCCGUAGCAAAUCCAUAUGAAUUGGCGGAACAACGACGAGCAGAGAAAUCACGCCGCACUCAACAACAACAACUAAAGGGAAAACAACAACAACAACAUCCACAAGUCUCUAAACUCCCAGAAACUCUCACAGCUGAGGAAAAGGCACGUGAUGCUCGUCUUAAGCAACAACAGCAACAAAAGGAAAGUGACAAAAAAGAACAAGGAAAACAAAAACAAUCGCAAGAAGAAGAAGAAGAAGAAGAAGAAAAGAAACGAUGGGCGGUGUUGGAUCCUGAACAAUUACUAGAUCGACUCGCAGAGUUGCGUGAGGUACAUAACAGAGAAACCCCUUUAAUGGUUGGCCUUGUUGGUUAUCCAAAUGUGGGAAAAUCCUCCACUAUUAACGCCAUUCUCGGCUGCAAAAAGGUGGUGGUCAGUGCUACUCCUGGAAAAACCAAACACUUUCAAACACUUGUUAUUCCUAAUGAACGCCGUGUGGCUUUAUGUGAUUGUCCUGGUCUUGUUUUCCCAUCUUUUGCCUCCACACGAGCAAAGAUGGUGUGUGAUGGUAUUCUUCCUAUUGAUACCGCUACAGAUGCUCUCUCGGCUGUGGCGGUUGUCUGCAGACGUAUUCCACGAUCGGUGUUGGAGUGGCAUUUCAAUAUUUCCCUCGCGGCGGAGGAUGAUGUGGAUGAUAGUCAUUCCCUCGCUGAACGUUUUUUGAAUGCCGUGGCAAGAAGACGGGGUUUCAUGGGCGCACAUGAUAGGCCGAAUAAAUCACGUGCGGCGCGUGAAGUGUUGAAACUCCACGUGGAUGGAGCUCUCGUGUAUGCAGAGCCACCACCAAACUAUACGAAUACUAUUGCUACUACUAAUGCUAGUGCUAAUGCUAAUGCUAAUGUUGCUGCUGCAGUGGGAACUUCUACUGCGAACCAUACAGUUCAUUCGACACUACACCACCAGCAUAAUAAUAAUCAUAAUAAUACUACGAACAAAAAUAAUAAUCAGAAUAAUCAUAAUCAUAAUCAUAAUAAUAACGUUGACGCCUCUAAGAAUGAUGAGUGGGAGGAUGUUUCUACCUCUAAUAGUGGUGGUAGUAGCAAUAGCAGCAGUUAUGAAGACUAUGAUGAAGAUGAUGAUGCUGCCUGGGAUGAUCUUGACAGUGCCGCUGAUGCUCGAGCACUCAGUGAUGAUGGUCAUGAUUGGGAAAUGGCACAAGAUGAAGAUGAGGAUGCACACAAUUAUGCAAGUAAUAUGAAAACCGCUGCAGCCAUGUUUUAUUCACGUCCACGAUGUAUGCGGGGAACUCUAACUCCACAUGAGACAUUUAAUGCAGAAGCCAAUCAAUCUCGCAUGGCAUUAGCCUCAUGUGCAGCUGCCAGACGAAAACGUCGUACCAAUCAUCAACUGGAACCAGUGGAUAAUACUUUUGUAAAUGAUGAUGGAGAAGUGGAACUUAUUAUUGAUGAUGAUGAUGGUAUUAUAGAAAUUGUUGGAGCCACUGCACAUGCAAAGGAUAACAUAUUACCCGGUCAAGCUGAAAAAGAAAAACAUAAAACGAAACGUCAAAUGAGGCGUGAGAUGAGACGGGCAGGUGUGGGCCCAGUAAAUCCUACCACUCGUAAGGUGGGUGUUCAAGGUUAUUAG